CUUUCACCGUCACUGACAUCAGCAUUGAGCUGCAGACCAGCCGAUGUUGCAAAUUCCAGUGGCACAGAAGUCGCUCUGGGUCUGGGGGGGCCAGAAAGCUGCGACUUUUUGAUGGCAUUGAAAGACAGCUGUUGAAGGCUGGCAUGCUGUCGCAGAACAGCAUCAAAGUGAAAGCUCAACUUUUCUAAAGGUGGUGGUAGAAGCAUUUUGAUUCAUCACAGCAUUGCAAUCAGCAUUCAUUCAGAAAGCGUACCCUGCCAAAACUGCGAUUGUUUGUGAGGGCUUCUUGAGAUCAGGCGGGGGUCAAAGGGCUCUCCAGAGUGGCAUAACCAAUUGCUACUUGCUCGUUUGAAGCAUCAUUCUGCGAUGGCUCUUUUUAAAAGUUGGAGCCAUGUGAAUCAACAGUGGUGCAUGACCUUGUAAAGUCGCAUCCACUUUGUUCUUGCACCACCAAACUCACCAUCAUGCACCGCUAGUUAUGCACCACAAAGUUCUUCCCUGAGAAUCUGUCAGGAUCCACAGCUAUCAGAUCACUUCACACCUUCGGAGAGGAUGGCAGCUAGAGGGAUCCUGGGACCAGGAAUUGUUCCGACAAUAAUGGGAGCGAAGGCCGGUCAUGCAGAGCCUCGUGCUGCUGAGCAGCGGGGACCCAUCUUGAAGAUCAUGAAAGAUGAGAGUGCUCUGAAGAGCAAGGCUGGGCCGAUCGGCAGCCUGAAGAUCAUUGAUGACAAGUGGGAACACACUGGGGAGAAAGUCAACCAGUUCUUAUCCGAAAGCAACGUUGACUACCAAGUCAUUGGAGUCCUGGGAGCCCCAGGCGUUGGAAAGAGCACCAUUCUGAACGCCCUAUACGGUCUGGCUUCAGAUCAUCCAAGCAUAGUGGCAGGCCGUACCCCGCCGCCCUUUGCGGUGCAGUCUGAGGAGGCGAGAAUGUUGGCGAGGCAUAGUUCUAGCGGGGUGGAAAUGCGGGCAACUGCAGAGAGGCUCGUCCUGCUGGACUCACAGCCCGUCUUCAGCCCCUCCGUUCUCACUGACAUCACCCGCCCCGACGGCUCCUCAUCUGUGACUCCAUUUCCGGGGGAUCCCCCCGCAGCGGAGCUUGCGCUUGAAGCCAUGGCGCUGCAGCAGGCCGUCUUUCUCCUCUCGGUGUGCCACGUCAUCAUCGUCGUCAGCGAGGGACUAGAGGACCGCCGGCUGUGGGAGCUGCUGCAUGCGGCGCAGCUCCUUCGCGACCGCAUCUACCGGCCUCUCAGCAUCCGUCCCCCGACUCCCCCCUCCCGCCAAUCAGAACCCGUACCCAGCCAGUCCCCGCGGCCUCCAAACGAAAGACCCGGUUCUAGUUCCAGCGGCGUGACCGCUUCUCAAGCGUCAGGACGGGGCCAACCGGGGGGACCCGUUUCUCAGACGGGGCCACCCAUCCUUUCCCACCCUCACCUUAACCCUAACCCUAAACUUAACCAACCCGGGGUCCGGCCGUCGCAAGGGGACAGUCGACCAGGGUCUGCGGCCAGCUCGCGGGAGGAGCCGCAACGGCCCAGUUCGGCGUCCGCCGGGCGCCCAUCGGAAUUCCGCCCACCAGAAGCUCGGAGGAGCCCGGAAGAACGGCCGCAGCGAGCGGGGCACUCCCCCGAGGUCGUCUUUGUGGCGACCAAGCUGAGGGGGAGCGAGCUGCUAGGUGGGCAACUGCGAGCGGCGCAGGAGGAGUUAACAGCGGCGUUCCCCGCUUUGGCUGCGCCGCGAUCUGGACCGGGUUUGGACGUGGUACAGACCGUACGAAAUCGGACGUACGGACCAGGGACAGAUGGCGCUAAUGGGAAGGCUCGACGGAACUCAAGCGAGCGGAGCCGGAAUGAACGGCUGCAGGCAAGCGGAGAGUCGAAUGCAAAGGGGGAAUUGAGAGACAGUCCUAGUGUCAGCUUCUAUGGUCUGCCGGCGAAGGGACCCAACAGUGCGGCGUUUGAGAGUUUUCAUUUGUCUCUGAGGAGCUUGCGCGAUCAGAUUCUAGGCAUCCCGAGAAGGCACCUUCUGGGGAAGCCGGUCACUGAGGCCAGCUGGCUGAGGUAUACCAACAAGGUCUGGAGAGACGUACGAGAGUCGGACGCAGUCAAGGAAUAUUGCUCUUUACUGCAGUCAGAUGGCUUCUUCCGUUGAUCUUAUGACAGCUCUCCAUGACUGUCGACGGCUCUCAUCCGGCUGCGAGGCACAUGGCCUC